AUGUGGACAGCAUCGUCCAGCAGUUCUUCACUGGACAACUCGAGGAAACCGGGUCCUCCAUAUCCCCCCGAAGACGCUGGACUAGGCGGCAUCCCAACCAACUCGGUCGACACCCCCAUCUCUGCCGUCAUACUGGCCUUGUUCAUCGGCUCAGCAGUCUUCUACAUGACCAUCUUCCAGCGCAACCGUCGUCGCGGGCACAAGUUCGUGCUCUCCGGCCUCCUGUUCGGGCUAUCCAUGGCCCGCAUCGCCGCCAACGUCAUGCGCAUCGUAUGGGCCAUCUACCCCCGCAGCACGCAAAUCGCCAUCGCGGCCACCAUUUUUGCCAACACAGGCGUGGUCCUCGCCAUCGCCCAGCGCAUCCUGCGCGCCCACCACCGGAAAUUCUCCUUCUACACGCUGGACCCGCGCAAGCGCUCCCAGCUGCGGGACAUGCAGCUCUUCGCGUCGGCCUCGCUCGCCGUCUUGUCUUUCCUGCCCAUCCCCAUCGUCCUGGCCAGCGUCCUCGUCCCCAGCAAGCACCCCGUCGGGCAGUUGGGCACAAAGGGCGGCAUGAGAACAAACGCCGCCUUGGUGCUCCUCACGUCCUCCAUCCUGGCCCUCGGGGCCAGCUUCCGCGCAAGCGUUGCCUUUCAGCUCCGCCCGGCCAGUCGCCUGGCUUGGUUCGACAGCAAAAGCCUGCUACUACUGCUUCAUAUACGUCGUGGAGCUCGUCGUCGUCUACCUGAGCGAGCCGCAUGUCAGGCUCAGACUGCCACGCCGGAGAAGGGGGAGGCCUGUGUCACGUGA